CCCUACAUGCUCAGAACAACUCACUCAAAACUGUGAUUUACAAAUCCCAACAACACCUUAGUUAUAAUUGUUGGGGGUAUUAUUAGUUCAGGCAGCUUGCUGUGAGUGCAGAAGAAUCACAUGAGGCCUUUAAAGGGGGAUGGGCAGAGUUUCCCGAGUGUGGCAGGCUAUAGCUUUAAGAGUUUACUACCAUCUCUGCACUCACUCACUCACUCAGCACAGCACACAACAGAAAGUUUGGAGGCCAGGCGAGAGCUAAGUGGGAUACCGACAGAUAGGAAGUGCAUGAAUUAGAGGAGGAAGAGACGAGGGAAGAAGGGGAAUAUCAAGCAAAAGCGGAAUGAGAAGCAACGUGGGAACUUCGGAGAAAAAGGUUAGAGGGGAAACUGAAACGCGCAUGAGCUAAUCAACAACGCCGGAGCGAGAGACUUUCAAUGGAAGUGAACUAGUGAAGCUCCUAGCGGAGUCAAAGCGCACAUUUUAGCAUUCAUAGUCAGUGUUGUCGUGAUUUCUAUGACUGUGCUGGUGAAUCCUGAAAGCGCAGGCACACGGGAGACGAUAUGAACACUUUGGAUAUGAAGAAAAAGACUUUACGUAAACUCAAAGAAAACAGGGGAUAUGAGCGCUGAUUGUUGUAUUACGCCUCGAUUUUUUCCUCUUUCGGGUUCAGUUUUGCGUCUUAUUGGGGAUGUUUGCGACGACUUGCAUCUGUGCGGCUUCAGCUCGGAUACUGACCCGGCUCUGCGCCCUUGUGUUGGUGGUCGCUGUGGGAUUCGGCUCGGAGCUGCGGGUCCGGGUCCGGCUCUCGGACGGACUGGUGACCGAUGAGGUGUUGGAGGCGGACAGUGAGAGGGACUCCAUAACGCUGGAGUUCAAGCAGGGAGAUGGGACGCUCAUCACUUUUGUGGCGGAUUUCAAACAGGAUGUAAAAAUAUUCCGAGCUCUGAUCCUUGGAGAGCUGGAAAGAGGGCAGAACCAGUACCAAGCCCUGUGCUUCAUCUCUCGCCUCAACCGCAAUGAGAUCAUCCCCAGCGAGUCCAUGGCUCGUCUCAGACAGAAAAACCCUCAGGCCAUUCGUUUGGCAGAGGAACGGCGAGGACUGGAGCAGCUAGAGAUGAGCGCAGCAGUCAAUCUAAGUCGGGCCUGGCAACUCAGCUCCCACAUCCACAACAUGUGUAGUGAGGCCGGGGAGGCCAUCUACACCAGAGAGGCUGAUGUCAAACAUUGGCUGGAUAAAGGAGUGGAUGGCUCCAUAUUUGAGGUCCUGCCCCAGACAACGGAGGUGGCCAGCUUUCAGGCCUGUCACUCUACUAAAGACUUGUGGCAGCCGUGUCUCUGCACAUACAGCCUGCGUCUGGAGUGGUACCCAUGUCUGCUGAAGUACUGUCGAAGCCGGGACACCACAGGAAAAAGCUCCAACUACAAGUGUGGCAUCAAGAGCUGCAGCAAAGGCUACCAUUUCACCUAUUAUGUUCCCCAAAAACAGCUCUGUCUAUGGGAUGAGGAAACCUAACAUUUGGCUUAAAAGGAAAAAAAAAAGUCUUCAAGCCAAUGCUUCCCUGGCCAUGCAAUUCACAGACGUUACAGUAACACUGUACCUUACUUUAUAUGAUGGUUAGUGAAGCUGCUUCAGGUGAGAGCUACUUGUUCAAGCUAAAACAGGAACAGUUCAGGUUCCAAGUGAGACCAAAUCUUUUGAGGAAAGAGAAACUUUGCUCUUCGUUCUAUUAGAGGUCACAUCGACUCUGAGCCUCUUUGGGGAAAAUAACAUAUCAUAGUUAAUUAUAAUGUGACUCUGCCAAGAAGCUGUGACUUUUGUGCCUUCUUUUGAGAAUAUAUCAGAGCAGAUGACAGGUGCCAACAACAAAAACCUCUCAAAAAAGCUACAAUGUGCACAAAGCUGGACACUGCAUUUCUUGCCAUGGAAAUGGGAGAGACAAUGGAAUCUGGUUCUGAUCAUUGGAGCUGUACACAUGAUCUACAGUUUUGAAGGAUAAAUUGGAUGGUGGCUCUCUCUCUCUCUCUCUGUCUCUCUCUGUCUUUUUAUACAGUGAUACAUUGUUCAAAGUAAAUAACUUUUUUUUUCCAACAACUUAAGCUGGCCACAAAGAAAAAUCUACUCCAAUGCUGGCUUUAUUUAUUUUAGUUGCAAUGUGAAAUUAAGGAGGAGUAUUUUUUGUAUCUUUUUUGUGACAUCUUUUUGCAUUAAAAACGCUCUUCAAGUCACAACUAAACCACAGAUCCUCACAAAAGUGUUUAGGAUGAUCCAUACACCUUGCUAUGUAUUUUCCAGGGAAGUAAAUAAAGUGCAUACGCAGUUAUAUUAUCUUAUUUAAGAAGAAAGUUUAAUAAGGUCUACCCAUAAUUAACCAUGAGGGGAAGCCUUAUGCCUACCAGUCACAUUCAUAGUGUGUAAAAAAUGUCAAAUAAACCAAAGCCAAAGGAAAUGCUGUCAAAGAGGGUGUUAUGUCUGUUCACUCUAGUAUUUCUUCAUGUCUGGGUUCACUAAAACUGCACUGUAGCCUAUUAAGUGAUCUCUACUGCCAUCUGCUGGUUAAACAGUGUUCCUCUUGUAUUCAGAUGCCAGAGUUCUGCAUUUUCCAUGCGAACAGUUAAGCGUUUAUAAUCUAUACAUCCUAUAUCCCUGUUCAGUUUUCAUGCUCUAGUGCUUUUUGGACUUAUGGGACCAAAUUUCAUACAGUGUCUGUUUUUAGAAAUUGAUUGAAGAACAUUUUUGGUCUAUUUUACCUUCAUCUUCAUCUCAGUCUUGACUGUCAUAUCCUGUUUUUCUGUUUGUCUGUCCUACUUACUAAAGAACCAAAUGAGUGAAAUAUUUCUGUUUGUGGCCUUCUCUGGUGAUCAAGUGCCUUAACAUUUCCACUGAUAACUUUUUCUAUGUAAUUAUAGAGUAGGUCCUUUAAAUAUUUUUUCUAUGAAAGAGAUAUGAGUACAUUGUAAAAAGUUGCCAUAAGGAGCAAAUGAAGCAAUUUGGUGAUGUAUCUUAAAGAGCUGUGUUUUACCUGAAUUUGUUUCAAUAAAGUCUUUCUUUGCACUGCAUAA